GGUUACCGAAAAAAGACAUGGCAAGAUGAAUUAGCAUCUCCCAGCGGAUUGUUUUGGCUGCGUUUCCUCGCUGGAUGGAGUUUUUUGGAAACACUGAUUGCAGAAGCGUCGAUUAAUAUUUUGUUGGAAGUGGACAACCCUGUCAAGGUUCUUGUAAACACUUCAGUAGUGUACCUACGCUGGAACUAUACCAUUGCUGGCGAUGAGGAAUUUAAGGAGGUUGAUUUCCAUUUUGGUGCAGACAACGUGUACAUUGGGUAUAUUGAUACCCGUGGCCUUAAAGUUUCUUCAAAGUUCAAAGAUCGUUUUAACUUGGAACGCCCAGGCACAUUGAUCAUUUACAAUGUGACUGCUUCAGAUACAGGGAUAUAUACAAUUGCUGUCAAGACCAGGGAAGCAACAAAAGUGGAAAGCAGCGUCUAUCUUGAUGUCCUUGUUGAGCCUGAGGUGUCAACACAGGAGUGUCCAAGUCCAGUAACUGAAGGAAGUAAUGUAACUCUUCAUUGUAAUGCUUCUGGUAAUCCUCCUCCAAGCAUCACAUGGAUAUGGCAAGACACUGGGGAUGUUCUCACUCACAGAGAACUGCUUACUCUUACAGCUGUUAAUCGUAGUCAAGCUGGCAGUUAUCAGUGCCUUGCAUCA